AUGGGUGAAAGAGCGCCCGUCACCAUUGUGGUUGAGCAUCUGGAUCCUGAAUUGGGCACCUGGUCUGCCCUGGAGUAUGGUUGCAUUGCUCGAGAGUCCCAUGCAGCAGGCAGCAAAUUUCUCUUAAGUUCGGUUCCGACGUCGUUGCAGAUGCCAGCCGAUCUGGCCGCUGCGGAAGGGCUUGAGGUUGAGCAUCGCAGCAUUGAAGAGGUUUUCGCAAACCGGAGAUCCAAGGUCUGCCUAUUGGACCCUUCUGCUAAGGUUGAGCUUAGUCCCGCCGACGGGGAUACUUUCGAGGUUUUCCUUUUUGGAGGAAUAUUGGGUGAUGACCCUCCACGGGACCGUACUUCUGAACUGAGGAAGAAGGGCUAUGAGGGGAGAAGGCUUGGGCCCGUGCAGAUGACAACUGAUACGGCUGUACGCGUCACCCGCAUGGUUGUUCAUAACAGAGUUCCUCUAGAAGAGAUUCAGUUCAUCGACCACCCAGAGAUCAUAAUCAAUGAGCAUGAGCGGACUGAAAUGCCUUUUCGCUACGUAAAAGACAGCGACGGCAAUCCCAUUAUGCCUAAGGGCAUGGUGGACCUAAUCAAAAAGGAUGCCGAGAAAAGUAUUGAGGAUCUUUUUUAG